AUGGACAUUGAACGCGGGCGGGCGUUCAUCGACCAUCUGGGGGCCACGCUUGACCAGAACUGGGACGAGUUCCUGGACCCGGCCAACCGUGCGCCUGCCGACUACCUCCGCGGGAAAAUGGAGCAACUUACGGUGGGCACUGCGCAGGAGAAUUACGCGACAUCGCUGGCGUGGUAUUCGUCUGCCUGCCCCUGCCCAUCGACGGCAAAGCGGCGCGCGGCGCUGGCCACGACGGUCGCAGGCCAAACCUACCACGAGACGACCCAGGCACCCAGGGCCAUGAACGGCGAUAAGGGCUUGGAGGAGCUAGGCCCACCGCGCGUGCACGUAUUCAUGGCGAUGGCGAAGGGAAUCAACCAGGAGGCGUGCGAGCAGAGGUCGAACGACGUGGCGCUGGCGUGCUGGAUGGCGCACAUCACGGACACGGGCGCGCAUGGGGCGCAGGAAGCAGUCGCGCGCUGCAAGGGCAGGCCCGCGAAGCCGAAGGAGAACAAGCCCGGCGUGUCGCCAGCCUCGGCACUCGUCACCCGUUCGUCCUUCGCCGUGCCGCCCUUGCCAGCAACGCGCCAGCCCGGCUCGUGCACGAGGAGGCGGCACCAGGUGCUCAAGUACACAGUGGAUUGCCAGCAGCCCGCCGACGACAACAUCAUCGAGACCAAGGAUCUCGAGAAGUUCCUCAACAACAGGAUCAAGGUGGACGGGAAGACGGGCAAUCUGGGGGAGAAGGUCACCGUCUCGCGGGACAAGGCGAAGAUCCACAUCACGGCCGAGGCCCCGUUCUCCAAGAGGUACCUGAAGUACCUGUCCAAGAAGUACUUGAAGAUGCAGCAGCUUCGCGACUUCUUGCGCGUCGUGGCUCCCAACAAGACCGCCUACGAGCUCCGCUACUUCAACAUCAACGAGGACAACGACGAGGAGUGAGCGGGCGAGCGUGGUGCCCGGCCUGGGGCAGCACGGGCGCGCCAGCGUGUCUGA